GUGUCUCCAAAACUAAUUUUUUUCGCAAAUAAUUUAGUAAUAUUCAGUAAUAAUCAAAAUAAUUAUAUUAUACAAUUUAGUGCUCAAAAAGAGGCUAAGCAUUGAGUUCAUAGCUUUUGCACCAGCACCUAACAGACGCCUUCAAAAAUGUCCGGCAAUCAAGAGGUUAUUGUUGCCUCGCCCAUCACACCUCACCCACCACCGAAAGAUCGUAAAUUAUGGCGCGAUCUUACAGCCUAUUGGAUACUCGGUCUUUGCAAUAAUUACGGUUAUGUGGUGAUGUUGAGUGCAGCACACGAUAUUAUUGCACAAUUUCAGGAUGAAACGACGGAUGAUACGACGACGGUGGAGAAUGAGGGUGAGGAUACGCGUAAAUGCCAUUUGGUCUCAACUGGUGCGAUUCUGCUGGCAGAUAUUAUACCAUCGUUGUUUGUGAAAAUCAUUAUACCCUUCCUGCCGUUUUGGGUGAAUUUCAAGAUAUUGCUCGCUGUUAUAUUGUCCGCAUCCGGUUUUCUGUUGGUAGGCUUCGCGAAUGCCGAGUGGAUGGCACUGUUGGGCGUGGUGAUCACUUCAGCGAGUAGCGGUAUUGGUGAACCGACAUUUCUAUCAUACUCAUCGCAUUUCAAUAAGAAUGUCGUCUCUACAUGGUCAUCUGGUACUGGUGGCGCCGGUGUAAUUGGUUCGCUCUCCUAUGCCUCUCUCCGCGCACUCAAAGUCAGUCCACGUGAUACCAUGUUGAUCAUGUUAUUCUUUCCGGCUUUGGAGGCAGUCUCUUUCUGGAUACUGUUACGUAAACCCACCAUUAUACCACUCACCACUUCAGCAUUGGAAUCGACAGAAGAACUGGUCACUGAUGAGAAACCUUUGACAGGGUUUAAAGAGAAGUUGGUCUACAUUAAAACUUUGCUACCCUACAUGUUGCCGCUGGCUUUGGUGUACUUCUUUGAGUACCUCAUCAAUCAGGGUUUGUUCGAGUUGGUCUACUUCGAGAAUAGCUCGCUUUCGCAAGCCUCACAGUAUCGCUGGUUCAAUGUGGACUAUCAAAUUGGUGUCUUCAUAUCACGCUCAUCAGUCAAUCUCUAUAAAAUCAACAAAAUCUGGCUUAUGGCUGUCUUUCAAUUCAUCAACGUCGCUUACUUUCUUACCGAGGUCAUCUUCUUCUAUACGCCAAAUAUUUGGAUCACAUUGGUCAUUGUGCUUUGGGAGGGUCUGCUGGGCGGUGGUGCCUAUGUGAACACCUUCUAUCGCAUGUCUAAAGAGAUUACGCCUGGUCGACGACGUUUCGCUAUGGCGAUGGUCACACAAUCGGAUGCUUAUGGCAUAGCUUUGGCCGGUUUCUUGGCCAUUCCUCUGCAUAAUGCUAUGUGCGCGCUACCGCCGGCGUAUCGGAAAGUGGUGUGGUGAGAGGAGCGACACCAAUGGGGCAUUGAGGGUGGUUUCACUGAGUGUAGUCUAAGUCAAAGUUAAGUUAACUAAGAGGGGUCGAGCAAAUGAAACCCGUCGUAUUGUUGUAUUAAGUAGUUUUUAGUGAAUAGUGAAUAGCAUGUAGGACCUAAAAGCUUCUUAAAAAGCCUGUUUAUACCUGUCUGUACAGAAAAAAUAUUAAAUAAUAUAUAUUUUUUUGACUAAAUGGCCAAUAAAGACAAAUGUGAGUAAUUCAGGGAAUUGAUAAAAAAAAUAUCAAGAAAUUGUUAACUGCAGGAAUUGUACAAGUAAUGUAAAGCUGCUUGAAAAAAGCUCUGAAAAAGUUUUAUUAAAUUCUUUUAAGACGUAUUUAAGAA